GUCAGUGGAAACACUCUUCCUCUGUACUCCAUUGUUGGAGGUAAUGUCAGUCUGCCGUGUACCAAUGUGUAUUAUCCAAACUGCUCCUCAACUACAUGGAUCUAUGGAUCUAUUGAAGAAGUCAGUCUUGGGAGGGUGAAAAAGGAAAAACUGAACAGAGCUGACAGACUGAGUUUAGGGUCUAACUGUUCUCUAAAUGUUAGUAAUGUCAGAGCUGAGGAUGCUGGAGUCUACACCUGUCGACAGUUCCUUACAGAGGGUGGACAACAACAUGGAGGUGAUGCUACUGUUCAUCUGUCUGUUCUAACUGGUGAGUAUUACUGUUCCAACUCAGUGAGUACACCCAGAUACUCAUUACAUACUGUACAUACUAGUCUUCUUUUUCAGUAUCCUCGUCAACACCAGUGACAGACCUAAAGCCUGAUGGAACAGUGGCGUUAAGGUGUUCUCUGCUCACCUUUGAUGGAAAGUGUAAC